AUGUUAGACCAGAAAAAAUUAUCUACACCUUUGGCAGAUGUGCGUGCAAUAUGGAGUGAAAGUGGUUUGGUUGGGAGUGUUUUCAGGGAUGGUUUGGCUUGUCAGGUGGGACAGGGGGCUGGUGUAUUAUUUUGGAUAGAUCAUUGGACAGGUCCGGGACCUUUCAGGCUCAUCUUCCCUCGUGUAUUUGCACCAGCUUCGCAUAAGAGAGCCACAGUUCUAGAAUGCGGAACGACGGCAGGCCAUAAAUGGGUAUGGAAUAUAUCUUUUGUGCGGGACUUUCUGGGUUGGGAAAGAGAACAACAUAACGACUUCCAGGCUGUUCUACAGCAAUUGGUUCCUAAGCAAGGGGUAAAUGUAGAUUCAGAUUGCAUUGUAUGGAAACAUGAUAAUAUGGGUUUCUUUACUGUGAAGUCCCUUUGUGCAGUUGUUGAGGCACGCUGGUUCACAGAGGAGGGUUGGAUGGUUCCAAAUUUAUUAAGGCCUAUUUUACCGUCAAAAAUUGCUUUAUUUAUGUGGCAGGUGCAGAAAAACAGAAUGGCUACAAAGGAGAACUUGGCGCGUCGAGGAGUGGCUUUGGAGGAAGGAGUGGCAUGCGUGUUCUGUUCAUCACAAGCUGAAUCCGUGACCCAUCUUUUCUUGCAUUGUCCGAAGGUAUGGAUCUUAUGGGUAGCUGUAUUGUAUAGAGAGGGUGUCUGGUGGACGAUACCUGGUUCUUUUCAGGUGUGCUUGGCAGAAUGGGGUUCACUACGUCAAAGUACUUCAAGAAUCCUCUGGGAUUUGAUCCCAUAUGCGAUAUGCUGGGUGGUGUGGCGGGCUCGUAAUGAUGUUAUUUUUAAUGACAAAGUGUAUAUUGCAGAAGAAGCGUGGGAAUCUCACCUGUUUAUGUUAUUCUCUUGGAUAAAGGCAUGGUGGAAGGAGUGUCCUUACGGGGCCGAUCAGUUUGCUAGAGGAUUCACAAAAAUUGAUGUUAUUGAAAAGGUUAGUGCUCGCUUGGCUGUGCCUUGGAAACCCCCGCAAGGCCUUACCUUAAAAUUUAAUGUGGACGGGUCUUUUCAAGCUGGUUGUGGUGGGGUCGGUGGGAUCUUGAGGAAUAGUGCGGGGAUUGUGGUUGGAAAAUUUUCUAGAAAAGUAGAGGUCCAGAGAGCUGAUGAGGCGGAGGUCCUGGCCAUUUUGUAUGCGUUGCUUUUUUGCCAACAACAUUUGAUUGUUUCUGUGGAGGUGGAAAGCGAUUCCACUUUAGCAGUUGGCUGGGUCAAAGGGGAAAAAAAUAGACCAUGGAAGCUCACAAAUGAAUUGAACAUGAUAGAUUAUUUAAUGCCGCUGGUGGUGUGUAAUGGGGUAAACCACAUUUUGAGGGAAGGGAAUGCAGAGGCGGAUGAGUUGGCUAAACAAGGGUGUUUCUGUGAGGAGCCCGUCUGGUUAUUUUUUGAGGUUUAA